ACAAAAAGGAGCGGCAGCAGCUUCUUGAGGGCAACUCGAAAAAAAGACACCGAACCCAUCCCCAGAGAGAGAGGGGAAAACGACAUUGCAGAUUGAUGCGUUACAUUUAACUCGCCCCAAAUCAUCCAUGCUUGGAUCAGUAACCUGAUCCUUUAAGGUUCCAGGUCUCUGCUUCCACUGUGCCACCGCCGCCGCCGCUGCUUGUGAGGAAAAGAUGGAUUCUUGCAAGAUUAUUCUCCUCCUCCGAGCUCUGCUCGUGCUUAUAUCUACCGGCACGAGAAGGUCGAACGGUGAAAUACCAGAGAGCAAAGCGAGAAAGGUAAAGAUCAUCAGUGCCUAUGAGAUGGCACCUCUUCUGCAGUCUCACUGGCUUCGUCCAGGAUCCACAGCUCCCUUACUUGGAUGUUUCAGGCAAAAGAUUCCGGUUUGGAAGUAUUGGAAAGGAAAAGGUGAUAGUCGUAAUGACUGGACUCUGCAUGCUUUAUGGUGAUGGACCGAAUGAUGAGUUAGGACUGGAAUCCAACGGAGACUAUACCAGGAAAUUUGGUUACUUGGAUUUCUGAGAAUACAGCAAUGUUACUGAAACUGGAGUUGCCUAUGGAAGUCUCCUCAACAGAGUCUGGUACCAACCAGAGGAGAUCUUUCCUGUCCAUGGAGUCCCGGAAGUCAGACAUGUCUUCUGGGUUGCUGUCGACAACAAGUACUGCGCACUUUCAAAGCAGCUUGAGGGCCUGAAGUCGAAGAGGGUGUGUCAACUUUACGUAUGCCUACCGAGGAGUCCUGUGGUGGUGAGGGUGACAAGGUGAUGCAGUGGUAAUCUCUUGAGCAACAUGGCCUGCAAGCACUUUUUGCAUUCCAAGUUCAACGCCACCACGUUGGAUAUCGAGAGCGCAGCUGUUGCACUCGUUGCCUGCUUGCAGCAGAGGACUUCCGUCCAUAGCUUUCAGAGCUGUUUCGGGAGGCGGAUCUUUCCAAUCCCAGCAUGCUGCUGCCGUGUUCACCAAUUUGGCAGUCGAGAAUGCUGUCGAAGUCGUCGUCCAAUUCAUUUCAUUGUUAUCUGAUCAGAAGCUAGAAAUCUGUCCAGUUACCGGAAGACUGCAUGUCUGCCAUGGCUUUGCAGGACGAAUCAUUGAGCUGCCCGACUGUGGGUCUGAUGCUGCAUCUUGUUGUCACUCGAUUCGUUUGUUAUUGUGUCCGAGAAAUCAACCUGAUGCCUGCAAGGCGAUGAACCCCAAGUUAAGAGACUUUUGUCUCUCUUGGUUUGUUCACCCGGUAGAGGCAAAAACAUUGCUCAUCUCGCCUCGGUCGCCCAGUGGAAUUUCUAGAGACUGGAUGAAUCAACAAAGAUCCAAUAUGUGCAAUAUUAUAUCGAGAAAAGAGAGGAGAAAGACGGGUUUUGCAGACGGCAGUCCUAUAUAUUCCACAAUAUGAGUAAUUCGCCACUGGUUUAUCUUCCUCCGGGCAGGGAAAGAUGCAAGCUCCUGUAGCAGAGGAGGAAGCUCCAAUGCCAUUGAAGGGGAAGGGUGGCCUAAAGACUCUCCCAUGUAUCAUGGCAAAUGAGAUCCUCGAGAAAGUUGCGAGCUUUGGGCUCCAUGCAAACAUGAUCGUCUACCUGACGAAGACGUAUAACAUGUCCCCUGCUGCUGGUGCCAUUGUCCUCUUCAUAUGGGGAGCAGCAUCCAACUUCACACCGAUCUUUGGGGCUUUUUUGUCGGAUUCUUUUCUUGGUCGUUUCCGAGUGAUCGCAAUUGGGUCCUUCGUCAGCCUAAUUGGCAUGGCGCUUCUUUGGCUCACAGCGGUGGUUCCUGGGGCGCAGCCUCCUGCUUGCGGCCACGCGAACGACGACUGCGCGUCGCCCACCUCGUCGCAGCUCGCUUUCCUGUUUGCCGCUUUCGCCGUCAUGUCGGUGGGAUCAGGUGGCGUCCGGCCGUGCUCUCUUGCCUUCGGUGCGGACCAAUUGGACCAGAAGGGCGCGCCUCAGAACGAGAGGACCCUGCAGACCUUCUUCAACUGGUACUACGCGUCGGUCGGCAUCUCCAUCAUCGUCGCGGUGACGGUCAUCGUGUACGUGCAAGAUUACAAAGGCUGGGCGGUCGGGUUUGGUGUUCCUGUCGUGCUCAUGGCAAUCUCUGCAGCCCUGUUUCUUCUGGGAUCUCCUUUCUACAUCAAGUUCAAGGCAAAUAAAAGCAUUUUAGCCGGACUCGCACAAGUCAUCGUCGUGAGUCUCAAGAACCGGCAUAUAGUCUUGCCUCCGGACACCAACCAUGUGCGGUUCCACAACAAGAAGGGCUCCAAACUCACCGUUCCAACCAAGAAACUGAGGUUCUUGAACAAAGCUUGUGUCAUCAGAAAUCAGGAGAAGGAUCUGAAUCCCGACGGAACAGCAUCAAACGCCUGGAACUUGUGCACGGUGGAGCAGGUGGAAGUCCUCAAGUCGGUGGUGCGAGUGCUGCCUAUUUGGUCGUCCAGCAUCAUGGUUGCCGUUGUCAUCAGCCAGUACUCGUUCCCGGUGCUGCAAGCGGGCACCAUGGACCGCCACAUCGGGUCGAAGUUCCAAAUCCCGGCGGGCUCCUUCGUUGUGUUCUCCAUCAUCACUCUGACGCUUUGGGUGGCCAUCUACGACCGGCUGGUGGUUCCCCCGCUGUCGAAGAUCACGGGGAGACCUCGUGGGUUCAGCCUCAGACAGCGGAUGGGAAUCGGCCAGGUACUGUCAUGCAUGGCCACGGCGGCGGCGGCCGUCACGGAGGGCGCUCGCCGCAGAAGGGCCAUCGAACAAGGACUCGCUGAUGAUCCACAAGGGAUGGUGAACAUGUCGGCCAUGUGGCUGGUGCCACAGAAUUGCCUGACUGGUUUAGCAGAGGCCCUCAACCUCAUCGGGCAGCUCGAGUUCUACUACUCCGAGUUCCCCAGAAGCAUGGCGAGCGUUGCCGUGUCGCUGUUGACGCUUGGAAUGGGGUUUGGGAACUUGGUGAGCAGUGUCAUCACGGCGCUCGUCAACAAGAUCAGUGGAGCAGAUGGUGGCGCGAGCUGGCUCGACAGGAACAUCAACAAGGGCCACCUCGACUACUACUACUGGAUUCUUACACUACUUGGCAUCGUAAACAUCUUCUAUUUCAUGGCCUGUAGUCUAGUUUAUGGCGAGGAAGGGCAGGAUAAGAUCUGGGACGACGACUCACAGAUGAAACAAGACCUGCACUCUGCCAGAGAACUACCAAUCGCUGUUUGAUGUGCAAUCAAAGAAACGUGU